GGACGUUAGCGUUGAUUGGCCAACGGGCCGCAAAGCGCUCCAGUGUCUCACUUUGAUGCGUUCGCUGCGGACUCGACUCUUCUGUCUUUCUUGUGGCCGACAGCACUACACAGCGUGGCUACAGCACAGCUUCAUAGCCACAGAAACGGUCCACGGCCCCUUUGAGCAUCCGACAGGCCCCAAACACCACCACGAUGACGGAGGCGGAGGAGAAGAAGCCGCAGCAGCAGCAGCAGCAGCAGAGGAAGAAGCAGGAACAGGAACGGACGUCCAGUAAUGGUGCUCCGGAGGCCUGCAGGGAAGAUGUUUUUGACCACACGUACAAGGAGAAGGAAGGCCCCAAACCUCCGCUUAUCAUCGUGUGGAGGAACGUCAUCCUGAUGACUCUGUUGCACACGGGUGCCGCCUACGGAGUCUUCCUCAUCCCGGCAGCCUUGACAGCCACCCUGCUCUGGUCCAUGCUUUGCUUCUUGAUAAGUGCUUUAGGAGUGACGGCAGGAGCUCAUCGAUUGUGGAGUCACAGGUCGUACAAGGCGUCUUUACCGUUAAGGAUCUUUCUAGCCGUGGCUAACUCUAUGGCCUUUCAGAAUGACAUUUUCGAAUGGGCCCGGGACCACAGGGUGCACCACAAGUACUCCGAGACGGACGCCGACCCGCACAAUGCCACGCGGGGAUUCUUCUUCGCCCACAUUGGCUGGCUGCUGGUGCGCAAACACCCCGACGUCAUCGAGAAAGGACGCAAGCUGGAACUGAACGACCUGCUGGCUGACAAAGUCGUCAUGUUUCAGAGGAAGCACUACAAGCUGUCGGUGCUGCUGAUGUGCUUCUUUGUCCCCAUGUUCGUGCCUUGGUACUUUUGGGGGGAGACCCUGUGGGUGGCGUACUUCAUCCCGGCGUUAAUGCGCUACACGUUGGUGCUCAACGCCACCUGGCUGGUCAACAGCGCCGCGCACAUGUGGGGCAACAGGCCGUACGACAAGAGCAUCAAUCCCCGGGAGAACAAGUUUGUCACGUUCAGUGCCAUAGGUGAAGGCUUUCACAACUAUCACCACACGUUCCCGUACGACUACGCCACGAGCGAGUUCGGCUGCAAACUGAACAUCACCACCUGCUUCAUUGACUUCAUGUGCUUCUUGGGCUUGGCCAAGGACUGCAAGAGAGUGUCCCACGAGAUGGUGCUGGCCCGGAUACAGCGGACGGGUGACAGUAGCUACCGCAGUGGCUAAGCAACUUGGGCUGCCUCCAGCAGAUGCCAACGGAAACCUCCACGAGUCCUUUUUGACUGCGAUUCCAUCUCAAAGUCAAGUCGGCUUCACGAGGGCCUCGACCACAUUUUCUGCUUGUUUUUUGUGGUUUUUGUAGCUUGUAACUAAUUUGUGAAGCCGGAUCAUUACGAUUAAAAAAAAAAACAAAAAAAACAAACACAAAACAAAGUCAACCCCCUGCCUUUCUAAAAGUCAGGCUUAGGUCUUGCGCACAUGUUUUGAAUUUGAAGUGAAUUCAUUAAAAAAAAACACAAAAAAAAGUUAGUCCUUCAUUGCUGUGCAUUCUCCAUGCCAAGGUCAGCCAUAGUUUGUACUCUACGCAGUUAUUCAUCCCAACGACAUAACUACUAAGCCGGGAAGACCUGCUUUCACAUUGUCUCUUGGCAAAAACAACGAAGAAAAAACAAAACGUAUUUAAUUUAUCAUUUGUUGCGAAAUAAAGGACUCGGUUCUAGUGCCAACUUUUUUUUCUUAUUUGUCAUUUUGACACAGCCGCUAGUUAGUGCUUUGUGGACGUUUUUUGGAUUUUACCGUGGCUUCGCUUCCUCUCGAGACUUUAUGCAACAUCUCGAUGUAGCAGCCGGGUCAUGUGACCGAGCCAUGCAUGCAUGAUUGUAGACGAUGUACGUGCUGUUGGCGAGCAGAGGUGGCGGUAGCGAAUUAACCCCCCCCCCGGCUAUACGUGCGUCGGGUUUGCGUAACGCUUCUACGAUCUUAUUUAUAUGUAUUAAUUGUUUUUCUUAGCGGCUAAUUAAUAAACAAGUGUCGCUCUGAUCGGACCCGCUAGCCUCCUAAACAGUUUUCGGAGCUUCUAUCUCAAAUUACUGCCCCCAACCCUUCAAGAUGAGUCAGGAAACUACCAAAUGCCUUAUGACUUGCAGCCACACUCAACUCACACUCAACUUUACAAAAUAUCCGAAACAAAACGAGAGAGCCCCGUGUUUACAGGCUGAGGCGUCAGCAUAGUUGAUAUUUAUUUAAAUUAACAUGGUCUAACACUGGAAAAUGACAAGAGGAGGUUCGGUAGAUGGCAAAAACAUCUGAUUACUCGCGUAAAAUACCACCUGACCCAGCAGCGCUCUAUGCCAACUUGUUAGCCGUGCGAGCCGCCCCACUGAAAUUCAUCGUUCUCGUAGCGACAAAAAUGAUCUCAAAAGGUUGAAUUGUUUUGUCAACUGCUCAGUUCUAUAAAUAAAAGUUCACAAUAUUUUCAAAUACACUUGGUCAUUCUUUUUUUUUUUUUUUUGGAGGGUGCAUGUUCAACGGAGCAAGCUAGGGGUGCUCGAGUUAAAUAUAACAUUAUUUAAUGCUGGUGUGUUAUUGCCGCUGGCCUGCCAAGCAAGGAAGAACUAAAAAUGGCCAUGACGGUUAGCACAGGACACAGAGGAAUGUGAGGGAGGCAGUCAUGUGUGCAGGAAGGUACCCUCUUACUACAAUCCACCAUACAAAACUGUGUAAAACUUACAGGAAAACUGCACUUUGAUUUGGAAUUCUGCCCAUCCCAAAUCCUUAUGUGAGACAUGAACACACGUGUUUUUUCUGUGCAUUCUAAAGAUAUAAAAACUGCUUUCCGACUACAAAACCUGCUAUUAAAACACUUCCAACAAG